AUGGGAAAAAAGUCUAAGUCGAAGAAACCCUCAAGUAUUCGCGAUUUUUUCGCUGAAGAAGUUAAACCAAUCCUUCCUGUUGGGGCUGGUAUAACCGACAAGUCACUGAAGAAUGCCUGUGAAGAGUCCAUGCAUACUCCACUGAAACUGAUAGAUGAAAACUUUGAAUUCAGAUAUACGGAGCUUCUAAGUUCCUUCUCCAAAAAUAAUACUGGCUUCCUUGUUGUUGGAGUUAUUGGUCGCAAGGGUGUUGGGAAAUCUACCGUCGCGAAUCUGGUUGCUAAUGCUAUCGAAGAUGAGCCUAACCUUGAAACGCCAUUUCCAGUUCAGUCUGUCGAUACUUUGGUUUCUGGUUACUCGGAGACACAACUUGGCAUUGACUUGUUCAUAACUCAUGAUCGCGUAAUUAUUCUCGAUACGCAACCCCUUAUUGAUUGGACAGUUGCAGACAUCUUCUGUAAAGGUGGUCUACAUGGAGUAAAAACAAAGCCCGAUUAUGCAUCCAGCGGAGAAUUUAGUGAAUCUAGCGAAACAGGUGAUAUGAGUCCAUCUGGUUUUAUGAAAAAUUGGUCUGUUGAAACUGUUGCUGAGAUCGUCUCACUGCAGCUGAUCUCGUUCUUGGCUAGUGUUUGUCAUGCCGUGAUUUUGGUUCAAGACAAUUUGAGUGAUCCAACACUACUUCAACUGGUUGACCAUGGUUUUGGUUGGAAGCCCCUUGUUUUGGUUAAUCAAAUCUCCCUUGUUCGAAAGGCGAAAAAUAAAACUGCCCAUAUCCUUAGACCCAGUGACAGUAAAGUGAUGGAGGGUGGUGACAAGGUGGGAAUCGAGGAUGAAAUUAUUGAUGUGAAUGAAGCUCCAAGUUCAGAUACUAAGGAUCUUGAUCAAAGUCGUCCGGAUGAAUUGCCCCCACCUCAUGAUAUGGAAAACCCCUUUUCCGAUGCUCGAGUUCCAACGCAGACAAAAUGUCAGUCUUCAUGUGUUGUCAGUGAAGAAAUUGAGGUGCAGAAUUACCUGAAUAAACUCCGAGAUUUAACUGACUAUUCAGCUAGUUUAUUGCACGUUUAUAACUGUGCUCCUGUUGAUGUAUUUACAAGCCCGGACAAAAGCUACAAGCUCUUGAAACAGUAUAAUAAUCUUCUCACUAGAAUAUUUCCUAUGCGACUUGAAUUGGAAUCUUUUGUUAACCUUGGACCGAGAAUCCUCAAAAAGGUGACCCAGAAUCGUCGCAAGGCUGUGCGUAAUCACUUAUCUUCAGGCACCUUUUUGGACGAUGAAGAUGAUGAAAGUGACGUUUUGGAAGAUGUGUGCGAUCAACAAGGGAAAAAUAAAUCCGAAUCGGAAAAAGACUCAUACGCUAAGCAUUACGGAAGUUGUAACAGCCUCGAUCUUAAGAAUUAUUUGGAUGUUGAGAUGGCAGCGGAUAAGCUUACCAAUGAGGGUCAUCUUGAACUACCACUUGAAAAGCACGAAAACAAAACUCUAGAAAAUGGGAAUUCGUCGGAUGCUCGAACUCUAACAGAAGAGGAGAUAGUUGCUGAUUUCAUUGAAGAGCUGUCAAAACUGAAAAUUCCACCAAGAGCCAAGCCUUGCAACUUGCCUCGAUUUUCAAAGGCUACAUGUUUGGAUGAGAAAACUGAGGAGAGAGAUGGCCUAUUUUACGCUGGAGAUUGUGAAAACGUUGACCAGGUUUCAGAGAUGCGAAAUGCUUUUAAAAGGAUAACGUUAGAGCGCAAACAAAAACUGCAUGUUUCCUCAUCAGUUGCUACAUCACACUUGUUCGUCCUGCCUGCUAUUAAUGAAAAUGGUGAAGUUGAGGUGGGUAGUCCAUCCUACUGGGAGUGCGCGUAUCACCUUCAAGAAGCCAUACUCUCCACACCAAGAAGACAUCCCGUAUUAAAUGAAAGAACUAUGACUGAACUGCAAUGGUUGGAUUUUGCUCGUGAUAUCUGGAAGACUCUUUCGUCUAAAGAAACUUCCUAUCUCUUUGACUAUCAUCGCUUGAUGGUAAUGAACUUGUUUUAA